CUCAGGCGAUGCGUUACCGAUCGGUAGCCUUCCAUACGUUUCGCUCCGUCUCCAACGAGAGCCUCGUUUCGUUCCGUUUUGUUCCGUUCCGUUCCGUUUGGCGAUAGCCACCGGUUUUCAACUUUGUUGAUCGUCUCUUAUUUUAUUUUUAUUUCGUAUUAUUUUUUUUUUAUUUUUUUGCUGUGCUGCGCUUUGUUUGUGUUUUUCUCUUCAAUUGAGUUUUGUGCCCGAUUGCUUUAUUCAAAGUGCCCCCGGUCGUCCCGCCAGCCGCACUCACAAACAGCAAGCUGUGUGUGCUAGCACUUAUUUCGUUAUCAAAUACCGAAAAAGGUCGUGUCAAAGGAACUACAGAGAUAUAAGAUUACGGUGUCAUCCAGAUGUCUAGACGUCAGGUCGGCCUGCUGUUAGCGGUCCUUUUCCUGCUCGAUAGCUGUGGUCUAAACACAGCAAGCGAGGAAGGCGAAGAAUGCAUGGUGAAGGAGAACUUGCCGGGCAUCUGCCGCCCCUCGUCCGCUUGCGAGCCCUUCGUCGACGGGUACAUCAAGUCGGGCAUCCUCUCCAUCAACGAUGUCCCCAGCUGCGGCCUCGGACCGCGCGAGGAGAUUAUAUGCUGCCCCACGAAGCCCUGCUGCCCCAAUGACCCAAGCUCGAAAGGAACAGCAACAGCUCCUGCAACUCCUCCUGCUCCUGCACCGUCACCUGCACCCCAACCUGACACGAUACCAGAACAGAGCCGGGAAAGUAGACUGGAUCAGGGCGACAGCUUCUUCGACUUCAAUCAGAUCCUAAGCACGCCGCGGAGCGUGCCACAGCCCACAGGAAAGGGCGGCAGGACCCACGAUGCUAUUCGAAUGCAGCCAGAGCCAUUCCAGAGCAUCGGUCAGUGGGGCGUUGCUCCUCCCUCUACGACGACUACGCCAAGAUCUGUGCCCCCUUGGGGGUGGACUGAUGGAACACCCAGAAUAGUAAACAAGCCCCUGACGAUCCCCGAUCCAAGGCUUAGAGCACAGCAGCACCUGCAGCAGGGUAACCGGCGACCCGGCAAUAAUCUGAUACACGUGGUCAACGAAAGGCUCCGUCAGCAGGGAAUGACGAUAGAGCCCGCCAGGGAGGUGGGGUCGCUGUCGCUCCUGACGCCGGUGACUCCGGUGACUCCGGUGCACCUGGUGACCCCAGUGACGCCGACGAAGAAGGUGCUGGUAGAUCCCUUUGCUCCGUUUCGGUUCCAGGCGAAAGAACAAAAGGGAUCGGAUGCCUCGAUGUUCCCGUUCCGAAUUCCGGAGACAACGUCCACGGCCCGACCACCCGUCUCGGCCACCCCUAUAUCGCGUGUGGAUGUGCCCACUGAGAGCAACGAGGGGCAGGAACGGCCAUCGGUGGUGGCUUGCAGGAGGAUUCAGAGCCGAUACGGGGAGAACAGGCUGACGGUGCACAUCCUUGAGGGGAUUCCCGUUAAUCCCGGCGUCUAUCCUCAUAUGGUGGCUAUCGCGUACAGCACCUUCGGUGGAUCUCCGGAGUACCGUUGUGGCGGCUCCUUGAUCUCGAGUCGGUUCGUCCUCACCGCUGCCCACUGUGUCAACAGCAUGGAAAACACGCCCAUAUUCGUGCGCCUUGGCACUGUGAACAUCGAGAGUCCUCCACCGCAAUAUAAGGACAUAGGCUUGAGAAAUAUUAUCAUCCAUCCAAACUACGUUAGCAGCAGCAAGUACAACGACAUCGCCCUCAUGGAGCUGGCGGAGGAGGUUAACUUCGCCAACAACAGCAACAUUUAUCCGGCGUGCCUGCACACAGAUCCCAAGGAUCCGCCACUAAGCUCCAAGCUCUUUGUGGCCGGCUGGGGAACCAUGAACUUGACCAAUCGCUCCAGGUCCAAGGUCCUCCUGCGCGCCCCACUCGACCUGGUGCCGCUGGACAAGUGCAAUCAGUUGUUUUCCGAGCAGCCAAGCACCAUCCGUGCCCUGAAGCAGGGUGUGAUCGACUCGAUGAUGUGCGCGGCGGACCUCAAGGAGCUGAAGGCGGACGCCUGCGCUGGCGACUCCGGUGGCCCGCUCAUCUUGGACAUCAAUGUGGAGGACGGCCUGUACUCCAUAGUGGGCAUAAUUUCGGCUGGGUUUGGGUGUGCCACCAAGACGCCGGGCCUGUACACUCGAGUGGCCUCCUACUUGGACUUCAUCGAGGGCAUUGUCUGGCCGGACAAGGUUCUGGGAGCGGGGAUAUGAACCAAUAAAUUGAAGACCACGGAA